AUGACACUUGUUUGGAAAUACUUAAUGAGUGUUAGUCAGAUCGAGUUGAUACAGGCCAAAAUGCUGGAGAACUCGCAUGCUUGGAUGGGCGCUUCGAGCUCUUCGACAAUUGCCGGUUUGUAUGAGAAAAUUGGUGGUUUAUUGCAUAAUGAAUUCUCGCUUGUUUUUCCAGCAGACAGUUACCAAUAUCAAUUACAAUCCAUGUGGCAGAAAUGUUGGAAUACUAACCAAAGCCUAAUGCAUCAUAUGCGCUUCCGUGAACGUGGUCCACUUAAAUCGUGGCGGCCCGAAACAAUGGCCGAAGCUAUUUUCAGCGUACUAAAGGAGGGUCUGUCACUUUCGCAAGCGGCACGCAAAUACGACAUUCCUUACCCGACAUUUGUUUUGUAUGCGAAUCGUGUGCACAACAUGCUUGGCCCGUCCAUAGAUGGUGGGCCUGAUUUGCGGCCAAAAGGUCGUGGCCGUCCACAGCGUAUAUUACUCGGUAUUUGGCCGGAUGAACAUAUUAAGGGCGUUAUAAAGACAGUUGUCUUCCGCGAUUCAAAGGAUCUCAAAGAUGAUAGUCUGGUACCACAUUUACCCUAUGGUCGGCAUUCGCCCAUGUUUCCAUUUCAGGAUGGUCCCAUGAACUAUCCUGGCAUGAGUGGGCCUUGUCCGAAUGGUGUACCGACACCCACCGGUGAUCAGAUGUCACAGGAAGCCACCGCUGCUGCAGUAGCUGCUGUUGCUCAUAAUAUUCGGCAACAGAUGCAAUUGGCGGCAGUCGUUCAACAUCAACAUCCGUCGGAGGGUCCGUCAGGGUCCAACCUCUUUAACUUACCACCGCAUUUACAACCACAGUUAGCUGCCGCGACAGCUGGCUCUAGUGGACCUGCCCCCGGCGGACAUGGCUCGGUACCGUUACCAAAGACGAGUAUUUCUCCUGCGCUUAGUACCACAUCGAAUCCCGGUGCAGGUGCAAUGCUUGGACCACGGCAUACACUAUCGCCUUGCGGUCCUGGUUUGCCAGGUCUACCGCCUAACUUGCCACCUAGCAUGGCAAUGGCAUUACAUAUGGGGCGUUGCGAUCCAUCUUCUGUUCUCAGCCAACAACAACAGCAUCAACUUCAACAUCUGCAUAUGCAGCAACACCAACAACAGCAACAUCAGCAACACCAGCACCAACAACAUCAGCAACAGCAACAUGCUCUCGGUUACGGUGUUAGUUCCAUGCCGCAUCACGCAGGAGCAUCUGCAGCUUCCAUACCAGCCACAGCAACAACAUCUUCCAGCCAUCUGUACCAGCAACAUCAGCAUCAACAUCAACAACAGCAAUCACAAAUUCAACAGCAACACCAGCACCAUCAAUCGGCAAGCAUCAGCGACACAGAUCCAAAAGUGAAAUGUUCAUCUCCUGCAUCAUUACUUGAACAUCGGCGGACCAGUCCAAGCAACGAGUCACAUCUACACUCAACCUUGACCGAACUGGGUUUGGACAUAGGCUAUAAGUCAACGCGCAGCAGCGCUUACUCACCAACACGUCUCUUCUCCGAGGACUUGGCGGCCUUGGUAGGCGCCAGUGAAGAUUCCCCGCCUGGCACGACGGCGGCAUCUACUAUUGUAAGCAGUACCAGCACGGUAACGACUUCGGCAAUCACUGGCGGUCGCACGGAAAUUAGUAUAACCUCCAGCGCAACGAGCGGUAAUAUAAGUUCCAGUAGUAUAAAAACCGAACCCAUCACGACAAGUAGCGAAUAAGCCAACACUUAACAAUAUAUUGUAUGUUUGUAUGUAUGUGUGUACGCAUGUAUGUAGGGAUGUAUGUAUGUAAUUAUUUACUUUAAUUAAGUUACAGAGAUGUGUUGGUGGUGCAAUAUAUUUUCGGAGGAAAAAUUUAGUUAUUAAAAUUUCGUGAAAAAUCGAAUUCUACUUUUAAUUCGACAUAGAACCGAGCCACAGUCAGUUUGACAGUUAUUUGAAAGCGAAGGGUUGAAUACUUUUCAGGUACUCAUAACCGGCACACAAUAAUUCAAUCCAAAUGAACCCUAAAUCAUUUACUCAAAAAUUAAUUUUAAAUUCAAAUAUAAUAGUGCUCCAGUAAAUUUUAAGGCUCUACCUUUCAUUGUGUGGUGGAUAGAGACUAACACUAGGUUUAGGUUCUUCUUCCGAAAUCUUCUUUCCAUUUUAUGAAUGUACUCUGGGUAAUAGUUAGCUUCUAAAGCGGAUAUCUCAUCCCAUGGUUCUGUAAAAAUUGACUUAGACAAAAGCAGCCGGACCCGAUAUAUAAUAUUUAUUCCUUGGAGCAUUUUGAAAGUAUACAAGCAUUAAGAAUUCAAAAAAGCAUGCAUGAUUUUGAGGUUGGACCGCUCUUCUUUGGAGCAUAGGUCGGACACACGGCUUCUAUCAUAGUUCCUAAUUUGACUCCAGAGACCGAAAUGCUCUCUUUCAGUGCGUACCAUCCUCACUCACAUCAUCCUUGGGUCACAACGACCCUUUUCUUAUGGGAAUUCCAUUCAAAAAUCAUUUUUGUUCCACAGGAAGUAUGCCAAUAUUUUGGUAAUGUCGACAUAUAAUGAGGUGACAUUUUCUUCGACAAUAGAAAGCAUCAAAGGCAUUUGUUCCGAGCAAGUGGCAUGGUAUAUCUGCAUAGAGCAGACCAGCAACACUGAAAAUUGAUCUAAGGCCACACGUGAAGGGGGACGAGAUUGGUAAGUAGGCAGGUAGGUGAAACGGUUGAAGUAUCACUAAAGGACCGUUUUGAUACCAUUAUGCGACCUCCAACAUUGAGAUCUAUUGCCAGCCAGAGCUGGUAAUGUAAACUGUCGAAGAAAGGAUUAUCCAGUGACCUUAAUCGUGUAGCUACCAAGCCCGGACAUUUACAGAGAAAGUACUGAACAGUCUCCUUCUCUAAAAGUUCCCCACAGCUUCUGCAAUGGGAGUUAAAUGGUAAAUCUAGCUUUUCCGUGUGUGUUCCGAUCGUUCAAAGACCGUAAACAAAACUACGAGUUUGGGAAUUGAAUGGCGUGGGUCCCAGGAAUUUCGGAGUCAUCCGUCUAUUGUACUGGGGCUAAAAGGUUUUCGAAUUAGCAUAUGAAGAAAUGGAGACCUAUCUUUGCUGCGCUUUCCCGGGAAAUAAGUUGUGUAAUUUCCCUUUAACCACAAUCAGGAGUAUGCCGAUAAUCGGAUAGGAGGUCUCUUAAACUAACUGAGUGCUCUUUCUGGCAAGCUCAUCUGUAUCUUCAUUUCCCUCAAUGUUCAUAUGUCCUGAAAUCCAGAUCAAAGAAAUGUUGCCUGCCCACCCAAGACCUCCCACGUUCCCGAAACAUUUUGCUUGUCCGCAGGAUCUGCAUGAAAAAUUGGCUGAUUUAGAGCAGAUUGGUAUUUUAAAGCUAAUUUUGAAUAUACAAUAUUGAUUUUGUUGCCAAUAUUUUAAAAUGUCACAAAGCCUAAAAGUUUAUGCAGUUUUUUAACAAAGAAAGUAUUCUGCUAUUUUCGCCCGAAACCGAACUAAACCUUUGUGUCCGAACAUCGCCGAAGCAGAAGUUCGGUCGUUCUCCUCGAACUAUAUAUUAAAUAUUACAUAUAAGUUUUCGAUUUUUCUUACUAAAAUAAAUACAUUUUAAUGAAGCGAGGUUUCAUGUUACAUACGAUUUCACUCCUUCUAAUAAAUUGUGCCACCAAAUACAAAGCAAAAAAAAAUUUCAAACAACUCAAGCCGUUUU